AUGGUCAAGGAAACUAAAUACUACGACCUCCUCGAGGCCUCGCCAGACGCAUCCGACGCGGACCUCAAGAAGGCCUACCGCAAAAAAGCACUACGACUGCACCCAGACAAGGGUGGUGACCCGGAGUUGUUCAAGGAGGUAACACAAGCAUAUCAAGUCCUCUCAGAUCCACAAAAGCGAAGCAUCUACGAUGCACGGGGAGAGGCAGCAUUGUCAGAAUCAGGCGGCAUGGGUGGCAUGGAUCCCCAGGAUCUGUUCAGCCAAUUGUUCGGCGGCGGAGGCUUCUUCGGCGGCGGUGGUGCAUCCCGCGGGCCGCGCAAGACGAAAGACCUCGUCCACCGUGUACACGUCACGCUCGAGGACCUCUACAAGGGCAAGACGUCGAAGCUCUCGCUCACACGGAACGUUAUCUGCGCCAAGUGCAGCGGCAAGGGCGGAAAGGAGGGUGCGGUGCAGACGUGUACGACGUGCCACGGGCAGGGUGUGCGCGUCACGCUGCGCCAGAUGGGCCCGAUGAUCCAGCAGAUCCAGCAGCCGUGCGACACGUGCAGCGGGACGGGCGAGAUGAUCAACGCGAAGGACCGCUGCAAGACGUGCAACGGCAAGAAGGUCAUCAGCGAGAAGAAGAUGCUCGAGGUCCACAUCGACAAGGGCAUGAAGGGCGGCCAGACGAUCAACUUCCGCGGCGAGAGCGACCAGGCACCCGGCGUCACCCCCGGCGACGUUAUCAUCGUCAUCGAGGAGAAGCCGCACGAGCGGUUCAAGCGCCAGGGCGACGACUUGGUUAUUGACCAGGAGGUCGACCUGCUCACAGCACUCGGCGGAGGCCAGUUCGCGAUCAAGCACCUCGACGACCGGGCGCUCAUCGUCAAGAUCAACCCCGGCGAGGUCAUCAAAUACGGCGACCUCAAGGUUAUCCCCGGCCAGGGCAUGCCCUCCUACCGGCAUCACGAGGCAGGCGACCUUUUCGUGCACUUCACGAUCAGGUUCCCCGACCGGCUCGACCCGUCGGUCAUCCCGACGCUCGAGCGCGCGCUCCCGCCACGCACGCCGCUCGAGAAGUUCCCGAAGAGCAUCGUACUCGACGAUGUCGAGCUCGAGGAGGCGGACACCCGGCAGCGUGCACGGGCGAGCGCGGCGGACUCGAUGGACGAGGACGAGGAGGGCGAGCCGAGAGUGCAGUGCGCGAACCAAUGA